AUGGAAUCAUUGCCCAAUAAACCUCGAACGAUCUUUGGAUACGCAUCCACCUUCGACAAGGCUGUUCUCUACAGCAGUGCCUGUGGUGCUUUGCUCGCUGGCGCCAUGAACCCACUCAUUUCCGUGAUACAAGGCCGGCUAGUAAGUGGUCUGAACGACUUCUCUGCUGGGAGUACGACUACAACAGAUCUGGAAUCGACGGUCUUACAGGCUACCAACCUCUACGUGUAUCUUUCUCUCACCAUAUUUACUCUUGUCUUUGCAUCAACUGCUGGUUUCUACCACUGCGGUGAGCGCAUCGCCACUGCCCUUCGAUGUGCUUAUCUCGACGCCAUUCUCCGACAAGACAUGAGUUACCACGAUCAGCUUGCUCCUGGACGUGCUUCGAAUCGCAUCAUGACCGACCUAGGAAUCAUUCAGGAAGGCAUAUCAAGCAAGCUUUCAGUUGCUCUCAGUGCAUUCGCUAUCUUUGCGACCGCAUUCUUCAUCACGUUCACAAUGCACUGGAAGUUGGCUGCCCUCACGUUACCCUUCUUCGCUGCUAUGAUUAUAAGUAGCACAAUAGCAGGACGGACGUCCGUGAAAAACCACAAGGCUGCAACCAGAAUUUAUGACAGUGCAUCUAGUCUAGCUCAAGAAGCUAUCGCAUCCACUAAACAUGUACAUGCAUAUGGCCUGAGAAAUGUCCUGCAGCGGAAGUUCUCGGACCACCUCCAGGCUGCUUCGAGACCGGAUCUUGAUGGUCGUCAUACCAUUAGCAUUUUCAUCGUUUGGUCCAACGCUAUGCCUUGUCUGUUAUAUGCUUUAGUCUUUUGGGCUGGCUCAGUACUUCUUACGCGCGAAGAAGUUUCGGUGUUUGACAUUACCACAGCCGCUUAUGCAGGCGUUAUUGGAGCUUUCGCAAUCGCAAGAGUAGGCCCAUCGGCUCAGACUCUGAUUGCUAGCAUGUCCAGCGCCAAGGAUGUCCUUGAAACAAUAUCCCAAUCCUCGUCACAGGACCCAAAAUCGAUGCAUGGGUUGCAACCAGCAGAGAUAAUCGGUGAUAUUGAAUUUCGUGAAGUGAGCUUGACGUAUCCGUCCAGAGCAAAUGUUCAUGUCUUGGAUCGAAUCAGUUUCAAAUGUCCAGCAGGAAAGAAGACUGCCUUGGUGGGUGCCUCAGGUAGUGGCAAAAGUAGCGUGUUGGCUUUGAUUGAAAGAUUCUACGAUCCUACUAUCGGACAUAUCAGCAAGUCAGCCACUCCUUGGUCUCUUGAUAAGAUUGAUAUAGCUGCCCUCAAUCUGGGCUGGCUACGUCGAAAUGUAGGCUUUGUAAGCCAAGAACCAAGCUUGUUCAACACAACCAUAUACGAGAAUAUUCGUUAUGGUUUCAUCCAUACCCAAAACGUUCUCUCAGAAAAGGAGGUUUCAGAUCGGAUAAUAUCAGCAGCCAAAGAUGCGUAUGCUCACGACUUUAUCAUGGCUCUGCCUGAUGGUUACCAGAGCAUUGUUGGCGAGAGCGGCGCUCGGCUUUCCGGUGGUCAGCGUCAGCGCAUCGCAAUUGCAAGGGCCAUCGUCAGAAACCCUGCGAUCCUACUCUUAGAUGAAGCUACAUCAGCCCUGGACUCCAGAUCAGAGGAACUGGUGCAGAAAGCUCUUGAUAAGGCUAUGGGUCAUCGAACCUCGAUAGUCAUUGCUCAUCGCUUGUCUACCAUCCAUAAUGCCGACAACAUUGUUGUCUUCUCUGCUGGUAAAGUUGUUGAGCAGGGUUCGCGAGAUCAGCUCCUUGCGAAUGGUGGCAUCUAUCACGACAUGGAAUUGAAAGAACGUACGAAGAUGAAUAUGCAGCAAAAGUAUAACAUGUCGAGCAACAAGCUUGACAAGAAUCUCGAGAAGGAGACUAGCCAAUAUGAUGAUUCCAUGGGCGAGCCUGACGAGAAGGCUCACGCAGUAUGCGACGGCAGCGAGCGCGAUCUCGAAUCUCAAGUCGCACAAGCCAGGUUUAGUAUCGGACAGACCUUGAAAUUUUUGUAUAGGCUUAACAAGCCAGAGUCACAAUUGCUCUUCACUGGGCUUUUCAGUGCUGCUGUGGCAGGUCUCAGUUAUCCCAUACAGUCAAUUAUCAUGAGCAGGAUCUGGGAGGCAUUCGCACUACCCAAAUCCAAGUUUCCAAAACUCGAAGCUGAUAUCUCAUACUAUACAAAUCUCUACCUGUUGAUGGCCGCCGUGGCAAUGAUAUCGUGGUUGGGCGUUGGCUUCGCUUUCGGACGUUCCACAAUCGCACUGGCUCAACGUCUCAAGGCUCGGACUUUCGAUGCUAUCUUGUCUCAAGACAUGUCCUUCUUCGAUGGCAACAAUCAUUCCACCGGAGCACUGACGUAUCUACUCAAUACUGCAACAGAGGAACUCAUCAAUCUCGGCGGCCCAACGAUGGGCGGAAUACUUACCUUCAUUACAACUAUCCUAGUCGGUGUGCUAAUCGCUUUCGUAAACGCUUGGAAGCUAGCUUUACUCUGCACGGGAACGGUGCCAUUCGUCGUGGCCUGCGGAUGGUUUCGAGUGCAGAUACUUGCCGUUUUCGAUGCAAAGUCACGACAGAGCGGCAAGGAUGCUGCUGCCUAUGCAAAUGAACUUGUCCGAGACGUCAAAACCAUUGCGAUACUAGGACUUGAAAGUGUUUCGGUUUCCCAGUACAACAGCCUUCUCAGGGAUAAAACUGAUCAGUCUCUGUCAUCAAUGCUGGCGGCAUCUGCCCUUUAUGCUGCAUCGCACUCCGUUGUCUAUCUUUGUACGGCAGUCGCGUUCAGAUAUGGUGGAGCAUUGAUCGCUGCACAAGAAUACACUGUUUACCAAUUCUAUAUUUGUUACACUGCUGUUGUUGCAGGCUCGCAGCUCGCUGGUUCCAUCUUCACCUUUGCGCCAGAUGCAAGCAAAGCCAUGUACGCCAGCUACGACCUUCACGCUCUCUAUAGCUCCAAAAGCAGAAUCAACAGUAGCAUAAGCACUAGUCCACAGCCCUUGAACGAGAAACAGCUUGGUGCGAUACAGUUCCAAAAAGUCAGCUUCAGCUAUCCUUCGGAUCCGGCCAGAAAGAUCUUGGAUGAUCUGGACUUGGAAAUCCCACCAGGUUCAUUCAUUGCUAUCGUGGGCCCAAGCGGAUGUGGCAAGAGCACAUUGUUGUCUCUGAUCGAAAGAUUCUACGAUCCGACGAGCGGCUGCAUCAAGAUUGACGGCCAAGACAUUGCAAAGGUGGACGUGAACCACCAUCGCUCUUGCAUAUCAUUUGUUGGCCAACAGCCCACGCUGUACUCGGGGACAAUCGCCGAGAACCUGGCUUAUGCCCUACCCGAUGAGUUUGUCUCUGAGCGCGCCAUGCUAGAUGCGUGCCGAGAAGCUCGCAUCCAUGAUUUCAUCGCAUCUCUUCCAGACGGGCUUGCAACCAAAGUUGGAACGGCGGGUAGCAUGCUCAGCGGCGGACAACGCCAGCGGCUCGCUAUAGCACAAGCUUUGCUCCGCCAUCCCAAGAUCUUGCUUCUUGACGAAGCUACAUCGGCGCUAGAUGCGAAUUUGGAAGCCCUGGUGCACGAGACUCUGAUGGUAAAGGCGCUGCAACGGACAACGAUUGCUGUUGCACAUCGCUUGAGUACUGUCCGUGGUGCUGAUUGUAUCUAUGUGCUUGACGCAGGCAAGAUUGUUGAAUCUGGUCGUCACGCUGAUCUAGUCGCUAGAGGAGGCCUAUAUUAUGAGCUCGUCAGCUCGCAGGUCAUGGAAUAG